ACGCCCUGGCUGCCAGUCACUGAAUGAAUGCAGCGUAUAACAAUCGUUUUAUAGUAGGCAUACUAGUUGUCAGAUGAGUUGAUUCAUUCUGUGCAGUGUGCCGACACGACGAGUUGCAUGAGCUGGGAGUGACUUGUAAAAGACGCACGGCUCUGGACAGAAUAUAUUUCUUGUCAUUCUCAAAUCUAAAGUGGGUGUCUCUGGUUCUUUCGAGUCACCAGCGCGGUAUAUUUUUAUACUUUAUACGUGGUAUAUUUUUAUACAAGUGCACGCCAACCUGCGCUUGUGCACUGCUGCUGGCCUGCUUGUUGUCAAAGCAGCUGUCGUUUACAGGUGCACUAAUUGUGUCGUCUUGAUUAAGUCGGUUUAGGAUGAGCUCGGCAAGGGUGGAAUCACCGCUGUUGCUCCAGGAGUUCCGGAGACAGCCGUCUCCGCCCAUCGUGUCCAGGAUGCCUAAGCCACGGGCCUGCCGCAAGUUGUUCGUGGUAGACCACGACGAGACGAACCGCUUCUUGCAAGACGAGCUGGUCAAGAUGGAAGGCGAACGUGGCGAAAGAAAAGAGUACGGCUUCGACUUCGACCGAGGAGAACCGCUGCCCGACCGUAACAGCAGCAGCAGAUACACGGACUGGGAGGCCGUACCGAACGAGAGAGUGCCUUCGUUUUAUCACGAGACGGUAGCGAGGAGAAAGCCUUGCCGUCCGAGCUCAAGACCCACACCAGCAUUCUUUACCUCUUCAUCCCAUCACCGAAGCUCCAACAACGGACACAGUAACCCAGCUCCCCCAUGCAGCACCGGCCGUAACGCCGCACCGGCUGCACCCUCCGGACUUCUCACUGGGGCUAGCUCCAGGUCAUUCCUUUCGGUAAAAGGCCUGGACUUACAACCUGCUAACCAGAGAUCCACUGCCGGCACAUCUCCCCAUCAUCCCAAAGAAAUUCCACCAAUAUUGGAAGUUGUUAACGGCUCAGAAUCGAAGCCAAGGGAUAAUUUCGAAAGUGCUGAAGGAAGUACGUGUGUUGCGAACAACGCCAGAACAUCGGCAACGCAGAGCCAAAUCACGGACUUUAUGAGACAGCGCAAACGGACCGGGUCGGACAGCAGUAGUUCAACUAGUAGCGUGUCCAGCUCCGACUCCGACGGGGAGAAGCAUCCCCAGGUCCCCGCCAAGCGACGGCGGCAAAGGCCCGGUAGCCCGGUAGUGUCGUCUCCCACCACAGGCCGGUCGUGAUAGCCCGUCUCAGCUAACACGAUUUGGGCAAGUGCAACAACACACAGGACGGCCACACCCCCAGGAAGGUCAAAGGUCUCCGAUACUAAGGGUCAAGGGUCAUCUUGCAGUUGGAACCGUACCGAGACGCCGCUGCGGGCAUUCAUCCAUUCACCGGGAGAAGUAUUUUCUUACCUGUAAACUUGCACGUGACCUUGUUUAUCCCAUCUGGGGAGAAAGAAGGAGACGCGGUUCGGUCCCGGGGAGCUUGGGCUAGGCUUCCCCCCUCAAUUCCCAGUCCGGUUUACCUUGAGAAGUAAAUCUGGACCGGCUCUCAUGGUUUCAUUGACAGCCCCAGUGUUCCCGAAAACAACAGGUCGACGGGUCAUUGGAAAUAACUCUCUGGCUCAGAGCCAACAAAAUAAUACGUCCAGGCCUACCUGCGCUCCACGCAUCCUUUGAAGUCGCGCGGUAGUGGGCAAAGUGCCAACAAAGUUUCCCGCCUUUUUUUCCCGCGAACGGAGUGUUUGAAAGUGGUGGGCCGAGUUCACAGAUACGAGAAAAACCACAGACGCGACAGAACUCAUUAUUUGCUGUGGGGAAAGGGGGGUGGGUGGUACAUAGUUGUACCUGUUGUCUGUUUUGGGCUGCAACUUUAGCAGAUCGAUUGCGUGGGUCAUGGGAUGUCUUUUUUUCUCACAAUAGACUGAUUUCACAUGAUUGACGGUAAGCAAACAAAACAGGUGUUCCAAAUCUCAGUAUUCUUUCAAAAGAUAAAGGCAGUCUAAAGCGUGUGAUACGUGCAUGAAACGUACCCCUUUGAAAACAUUCUGUGAACUUUGGAAACUUUUGUGAUGUCUGUAAAUACACUGUAUUAUAUGUAUGUAUAGUAAGUUAUUUGUCAGAAGCGAAAGAGAUUGAAAGUUUGUACCAGAUAAAAUAAUUGUAGUUAAUUUAAUUAUAAUAUAAAUAAGUUAUUCUUUUUCAAAUCAGCAACAUUCCAAUAAUCAAUAUAGUGCACUUAAGCAAUUCGACUUCGUGCAAAAGUUCAAGCAUGUGUAUAGCUAAAAUUGUACAGAAUAGUUUUGUCGAUUACAUUUUUCUCAGCUCAGGCUCAAGAUUUCAAACCAAGAUUGAUAUUUUUGGAAGUAAAAAACGAACAGCAUAACACGUUGAAUAAACAUUACAAUUCUCAAAUUUUACUAGCGAUUUGGUUGAAAUGUGUGGGAGUUGGUUUUCGAUAGUGUUCACCUCACAUCAUGUUUGUAUAAUUUUUUUAUGAACCCUACUUCUAUUCACAAAAUGACUUUUAAUACGAGUCUUUCGUGGGGCAUUCAUGUAAAGUUUUUGGCGCCUAUCAUCUUCAAAUUGGGCGGGCAGUCUAGAUUUGGAGCAUUCGUUUAGUUCAAAAUUACAUCACUUUUCGAACAUCUCCCAACUUUCCAUCGAAACGGUACGUGUUAUUCAAUGAACUGAUUGCAUUUCCCUGUCUGAUAUAAUGGUUGCAAUUGAAACAUAAUAUUGUGUAACCAACUAAAACCACAGGUCAAUACUUUGAUUUAAUUGAUCUUAGUUGAGACCUUGGAAGUGUACCACAAUUUUGUUCUCCGUUGUACAAGGGAGCAUCAGGCCAUUUUAUCACCUAUCCUGCCCAAGGCCUUGGCGUAGUUAACGUUGUCCAUGUAAGGUCACGUUUGUAGAUGAGAUUCCCGUGGCCCUACAUUGACCUCUGCGUUGUGCGCAGACUCAAGGUUCAGUCUGGUUUCCCCUUUGUUGUUACGGUUGUCAACAGCGUGUACAUCCAAUGUACUUGGAACCAGACAAGAAGGCUAGUGGAAUCACUGUCCGCGUAAACGUGAGAAAAUGACUAGUUCCUGCCUUCCAAAAUAUGGAGAGUGCACACGGAUGAAAAUAAUUUAUGUGCGUGCAUUAUUUUAAAUCCGCAAAACUCUAAAACUUCGAAGGAGGUGGUCGGUAAUGCAAAUCUAGAAAGUACUCCAUUAAUGCAUGUAUGCGGCGAAGUACAUGUAUUAUAAACUUAGAUUACGUAUGUUACAUUUAUGCGAGAUGAACUGAAAUGUUUUGCUUGUAAUUCGGUUUAUGUAGCCUAUAACAAUUAGUAGCAGUGGGCCAUUGUAAUUUGUAUUCUCUCUCAAAUAUCUCUUUAUAUCUGUAAUGAUUGAGCUCAGUUUGUAACGUAGCUCUUACUUGAAUACAGCUUUCAGGUAUAUUGUAGAAUCUGUGAUUUUUUAAAAGGAAUUUAAUCAAUUUCAAAGGAUUGGUUAAUGUUAAUGUCUAAUAUUAAUAAUUGGCAAAGACUUUUUUAAAUUAACAUUAAGUGUCACCAUUGAUGUAAACAUUACAUAAGCAUUAAUUAAUGAACUGAACACAUCCACCAUUCAGCAUUCUCAUCUCUAUUGUCACUUUUGGAAUACAUUGCUCCUCACGGUUGGAUUAAUCGAAUGCAUUUAGCUAACUUUUCAAGUAAAAUGUAUUAGUAUAAAUGAUUCUAUAAGUCAGUUAUUUAUAUAUAAAGAUAAUAAUAUAUCGGUGAAUGUGUAUUGGAUCGCACCUGCAUGUCUGCUCUGACGACUGAAGUAUUUGCAUUAAAAGGGAAGGAAUAAAAGAGAGAAAAAAAACUA